AUGGAUUCUCGUCAAGCUUGGAAGGAAUACUUGAGGGAGUUGUGUUUCUCGUCCCACGACUCGUCCGAUGAAGAAGAUUUGUUCAUGGAGGGUAUGAGAGCUUGGCAUGCCGACCUGGAGGAAUCAGAGAGGCGACCAUGGUGCGGCUCAGUGCCAGGUCGGAAGCGCAUCAUCCGGUACCAGCUCGAGGGCCAUAUGAGGUUGUUCAACGACUACUUUGCUGAUCCCCCCGUGUACCCCGACUACAUAUUCCGACGCAUGUUCCGGAUGAAACGCAACCUGUUUCUGAAGAUAGUUGCAGCUGUAGAAGAGAAGGACCCCUGGUUCCAGCAGAGGAGAAACGCAGCUGGCGAGCUCGGGCUAUCGGCAUUGCAAAAAGUGACUACGGCAUUUCGUAUGCUAGCAUACGAUGCGCCAGCUGAUUCUCUCGAUGAGUGCCUUCGGCUUGGUGAGAGCACCAUCAUUGAGAGCAUGCGUCAUUUCGUCAAUGCUAUUGUGCAGAGGUGGAAGAACUGCCCCACGGCGUGGGCCGAGUCUUAUACGGAGCAUGUGAAUGCUCCGACUAUCAUUCUCGAGGCGGUAGCGUCGCACGACCUGUGGAUCUGGCAUGCCUUUUUCGACAUGUCUGGUUCGCUCAACGACAUCAAUGUCCUUCACCAAUCACAUCUCCUCGAUGACUUAGCCGUCGGAGAGGCACCAAAGGUUAAUUACACAAUCAAUGGUCACGAGUACACUAUGGGUUACUACCUUGCCGACGGAAUUUACCCAGAAUGGGCCACGUUUGGGAAACCCAUUCCGUCACCUGUCGGCCGGAAGCGCCAACACUUCGUCGUGCAACAAGCGGUGGCUCGUAAGGAUGUGGAGCGCGCCUUCGGAGUCCUCCAGUCGCGGUUUCCCAUUGUUCGGGGGGCAACACGGUUAUGGGAUGAGGAAACUUUGUCCGCCAUCAUGACCGCAUGCAUAAUCAUGCAGAACAUGAUUAUUGAAGACGAGCGUGAAGACGACGAUGUGGAGUACGUGUACGAGGGAGCAGGUGACGACGUCCAGCAUUCUCACGACGUGACGCCACCAUUGAUGGUCUUGAGCCAACGUUACAAUGCUAUUCGAUGCAAGCAGUACCAUGUUACUCUCCGGGAAGACCUAGUCGAACACCUUUGGCAGUUACAUGGAGGCGACUUCUAG